UUAUGAAAUCGCUUCGCUACCUGUCCGGCAGUGAUUCUACAAUGGGUGCAAUCUAGUAGUGCAUUUCGACAUACCGGCUGCAAUCGUCCUUAUCUCGAAAAAAAAAAUAGUCCUAUCCGGUAAACGUCUAACAAUAUUCAACAUAAAAAAUGACGGUCCAGAAGGAAGAAAAUAAAAAAUUAGACAGUUUGGAGAAUGGAUACGCUUCGGACGAAGACGACAGUGAAAUUGCUUACACGAAACGACACAGGCCCAGGCUAAAAAGGAAAUACAUAAUCGGCACAGCCAUCAUCCUCCUCAUAAUCAUCCUCAUAGUCCUAGCCUACUGCACCGACGUCUUCUCCCCGAAACAGAAGUCCCAGCUGGUCCCCCCGAACCCCACGAAACCUCUGCCGCCGUCGGCGUCGAAAAUGUACGUCUACAAAAAGGCAGCCGUCUGCUCCGAUGGACCGCCGUGUGCAGAAAUUGGAAAGAACAUUCUGGACAGAAAUGGAUCAGCGAUAGAUGCGACAAUAGCAUCCAUGUUUUGCAACGGGAUCGUUACCAUGCAAAGCAUGGGCCUCGGAGGUGGAUUUUUAAUGACCAUCUACAUUAGGGAAGAGAAAAAGGCUUACUUUCUGAACGCCAGGGAAACGGCACCUCUAAACGCUAAAAGUGAGAUGUAUAAGAAUGACGAGAAACUGUCUCGAAAUGGCCACCUAUCCAUAGCGGUACCUGGCGAACUCAAAGGAUAUUGGACGGCUUACAAACGCUUUGGCAAGCUACCGUGGAAAGAGCUGAUCCAACCAUCCAUCGAACUUUGCGAAAAGGGAUACAACAUGACCAAUCACCAGUACAUGUCUCUGUUUAAGAAUAAGCUUCACGAUGACCCGAAUUUCAAAGAAUGGUUUUAUGAUGAGAACAAUAAAUUUAAGAAAGCCGGUUCGAAGAUAGUCCCGACUAAGCUGUGCCAAACGUUGAAACUAAUAGCGGAGAAUGGGGGUGACGAUCUAUACAACGGUACGCUUUCUAAAAUGCUGCUGGAAGAUCUUAAUGAAGUUGGAAGCAUAAUCACGAAGAGAGAUUUGGAGGAAUACGAAGCUGAGUGGAUGGAACCUAUAUCAGUGACGUUCAACAACGAAGACCAGUUAUUCUCCGCACCACCGCCGGGUUCGGGGGCACUCUUGGGCUUCAUCUUAAAAAUCCUAGACGGCUACAAUUUUAACAAAUACAGCCUCGAUGGUAUAAACAACACGGUCCUGACGUAUCACAGGAUCAUCGAAUCCUUCAAAUAUGCUUACGCCAAACGGACGGAAUUGGGAGAUUUAAAUUUUGUCAAUAUAACCGACCUUUUAUCGAAUUUGACGUCUACGAAGUAUACCGACAGUAUUAGAAUGAGAAUAGACGAUAACUCCACGAGUUCGGAUCCUAAACAUUACGGAGCUGUGUAUUACUCGAACGAGGACCACGGUACAGCGCAUUUCUCUAUUAUAGCACCCAACGGAGAUGCUGUGUCCGUUACGAGUUCUAUAAAUAUUUACUUUGGUGCUGGUAUGACGUCGAAACAAACGGGCAUAAUACUCAACAGCGUCAUGGACGACUUUUCAUUCCCGUAUUUCAAAAAUUAUUUCGGCUUGCCGGGUUCGCCCAAUAACCAGAUGAAGGCGGGCAAGAGGCCCCUAUCGUCUAUGUCCCCGACCAUCAUUACGGAUAAAAAUGGAGAGGUUAAAAUGGUCGUUGGGGCCUCGGGGGGCACGAAGAUUACCACCACCGUGGCGCAGGUAAUCAUGAGAGCGUUGUGGUUUGGCGAAAACAUCAAGGAGGCUGUAGAUGCUCCCAGAAUCCAUCAUCAACUCUAUCCGAUGAGGGUGGAUUAUGAAUACGGUACAUUACAGCAAGUCGUUGAUGGGCUGCAAGCCCUCGGCCAUAACCUGACCAGAGAGUCUGGAUCGGUGAUCUGCGCUCUCUUCAAGGAGGCCAACAGGAUAAUCGGAAACGCCGAUUACAGAAAGGGCGGGGAAGUGUACGGUAUUAUGUGAAAUCAUCGCGCUGUGUUAUCCGUAGGGUAUUUAUUUAUUAAAAACGAAAACAAAAAUUUUAUAUUCCUCGACACGAUCAGUAUUUUUUUUCCUGUUUUAAACAUUUUAAAUCAUCAGGUAGCUUAAUAAAUUUGUUUUAUUGUUUUUAAGUGUUGAAAUAAUUGCCAUAUUCUGCCAAACAAUAAAAUUUAUCCAGCACUAA